GCCAGGUUGGCGCUAGUGACCGCCAGCUAGCUUCGGGUAUCGGGGACCGAGAGUGGGCUGGCGGAGGAGGGAGUGAGGAGUUGGGGCUGAGAGGAGGGGGUAGAGCCCUCGACCGUCGAAUAAGGGGACGCGCGAUGGGGCAGAGGCCCACUGGCGAGGGAGCGGCGCAGAUGAGAGAUGGGGGUGGAGGCCGGCUGACAGGAGACAGACUGCGGUUAAGUCGGGAGGGAGAAGGCAGCACUGACUUGCUAGGGUGUGGGAAAGGAUCAGGUUGAGGUGCAGUCCAAGGAAGACGGCUCAAGAAAGUGGUGGAUCGGCUCAGGCCCCGGCCUCGGCUGUUGGAUGGCCGUUGUCGGAUGCCGACAGAACAGAGGGAGGAGAAGCAGCUUGAGGCAUCAUUAGAUGCACUGCUGAGUCAAGUGGCUGAUCUGAAGAAUUCGCUGGGGAGUUUCAUUUACAAGUUGGAGAAUGAAUAUGACCGGCUGACCUGGCCAUCUGUCCUGGACAGCUUUGCCUUGCUCUCUGGACAGCUGAACACUCUGAACAAGGUCUUGAAGCAUGAAAAGACACCACUGUUCCGUAACCAGGUCAUCAUCCCUCUGGUGUUGUCCCCAGACCGAGAUGAAGAUCUCAUGAGGCAGACUGAAGGACGGGUACCUGUUUUUAGCCAUGAGGUGGUCCCUGACCAUCUGAGAACCAAGCCUGACCCUGAGGUAGAAGAGCAAGAGAAGCAGCUGACAACGGAUGCUGCCCGCAUUGGUGCUGAUGCAGCUCAGAAGCAGAUCCAGAGCUUGAAUAAAAUGUGCUCAAACCUUCUGGAGAAAAUCAGCAAAGAGGAACGAGAAGCGGAGAGUGGAGGUCUCCGGCCGAACAAGCAGACCUUUAACCCAGCAGACACCAAUGCGUUAGUGGCAGCUGUUGCCUUUGGGAAGGGGCUGUCUAAUUGGAGGCCUUCAGGCAGCAGUGGUCCUGGCCAGCCGGGCCAGCCAGGAGCUGGGACAAUCCUCGCAGGAGCCUCAGGACUACAGCAGGUGCAGAUGGCAGGAGCUCCGAGUCAGCAGCAGCCAAUGCUCAGUGGGGUGCAGAUGGCCCAAGCAGGUCAACCAGGGAAAAUGCCAAGUGGAAUAAAAACCAACAUCAAGUCGGCUUCCAUGCAUCCCUACCAGCGGUGAGUGUGGCCGACAACCUCCACUCCCAGGUGCUCUUUGCAGAGUUGGGCAGUGAAGCUGCCUUUUGCCCAAAGCUGACCUAGAUGGGUAUAAUAAAAAGAAUACGGGCUUUCAGCCACAGACAGAUCCCAUCUCCACUGCCGACUAGCUGUGUGACUUUGGGCAAGUGACCUAAUUUUUCUGAGCCGGUUUUCUUGUUUAUAAAUGGUGAUAAUACCUACCUCAUAGGGUUGUUGUGAGGAUUAAAAUGGGAAAAUGAAUGUAAAACACUUGGCACAGUCUAUGAAAUAAUGGGUAUUCAAUAAAUGAGAGUUUCUACAGCCA